AUGCCCGGUGUACCGUCCGGAAGAGGGUGCGACAACUGUCGCAAGUCGAAGAAGAAGUGCGAUGAGGUAAAGCCUGUCUGUACGCGAUGCGCUCGCCGGGGAAUCGAAUGCGUCGGUGCCGGCGAAAAGCGCUACAAAUUCAUGGAAGAAGGCCCCACGAUAGUCAAGAAGCGGUCUCCAAAACGUCAUCUCACCACCACGCCGUCGCCCGAUGGGAAGGAUGUCAUUCGUCGUGUCGCUGUCAACCCGACUAACAAUGCGAUGCUCAUAGGCCAGGCCCUGGUAGCAGCCAUGAAGCCGCAGACGAGCCUGAGGUAUAAUCUGAUGUGGGCGUAUGGCGGCUAUCUGACCCUUGUCCCGCGGCGUCUGGGUUUGAACGAGGCGUUGGAUACUGCGGUCGAUGCCUUGGUAACGACCCAUGCAUCAUUUUCGUCGUGCAAGGAGGUUACCAUCAGAUCUCUUACGAAAUAUUCAAAAGCGCUGGGUGCUUUACGGAGACGCCUGGAUGAUCCUAUCACGGCAAGCUCAUCGGAAACGCUCUGCGCUGUAACUGUGCUGCUCCUUGUUCAGCACAUGCUAGGCCCAUCGGAUUUGCAGUUUACUGGUCACGCUGAGGGAGCCGCCAAAAUUCUAAAAGCUCGGAAGAACUGUGCUCCUCGAGAUGCCUUUGAGCGCGUACUUUUGCUGUCACUGCGUGGGCCAGUAUUGUUUGAAGGCCUGUUUAACCCUAAUAUAAAUCUAGACCCGGUGGAAUGGAAAGAACUGGUGCAGAAUGAGCUGGACGCGCAUUCACCAGAAGGAGAGAUGCUCCUAUACCUCUCCCAAGUCCCAGAUAUCCUGGACAGAGUCAAAUCCAACCCCGACGGGCUAGCUGGGUUGUUAAUCCUGCAGGCGGAGAUGAAGAGCCUGUACUUCAAGACCCGCAACAUCUGCGAUCUGUUUCGCCUUGAACUGAACCAGGUCGAGGAUCCCGGCGAAAGCCCACAUCCAAAUCCAUUCGGACUCUCUCCGACCAUGCUCCAUGCCCACACUCAACGAUUCUACGGCAUCUCAAUCACCGUCUGUCUAUACAUGAACUACAUCCUUGUCGCCAUGCGGACAACCGACCCCGAACUCUCCAAGGACGCCAGCUACCUCGCCCUCGAAAUUCUCAGCAUCGCCGAGAACGCACUCCAGUACCGGCCGUUCGGCGCCGCGUAUGUCACGCUCGGGCUUGUAGCGGGCGUCAUGGCCGUGGACAACCCGGCCCUGCGGAUCCUGCUUGAGUCGUGGGCUCAAGACUACUGGGAAGAUUUUAACAUGCCGAGCAUGGAGAUCUCGGUCAUCGUAGAAUCGUUCCGUCACCUGGACCCGUUCUCGUCUGCAGAUACGCCGGACGGAUGGCCUGAGGCCGAAGAAGCGGCCUUGUAUCACCCGCUGCUAUUGAAGGAAGAGUCCGAGGAAGCGGCCUUGUAUGACCCGGUGCUAUGGAAGGAAGAGUCUGAGUCGCCCCAGAUCCUGGACUUUAUUAAGUAG